AUGCCUAGAUAGAUCCUCUGUUAAGUGUACUGCUUUUUUUUUCUAUCUGUGAAAAGGUAAAUUUUUCUUGUUGAGGGCAAUAGUAAUACUUAACAAAGGGUCUCCCUGGACAUGUCUUUAUGGAUAUAAACUUGAUACAUGCCUCUAUCGCUGGUAAAAAAAUCAGCACGUUUGCUCGAGCCGUAAUGGAGAUAUUCGAAUUUCUUAUCGCACAGUUAUUUAUGGGCCACCCUGUAUAGGGCACUAGAUAGAGACAAAUUUUAAUACUUUUUUGUUCAUUCAAUGCUUCAAGAUCCGCAACUUCAACAGAAAAAUUUUCGUAUCUAAUAUCCUUCCUUUGACAAGUUAGUCAAUACUGACUUUAGCAGUCCCAUGUAACAAAAAUUAAUAGAAAAGCUAACAUAUCAAUAAUUUUAAUCCCAUUGAAAUGAAGUUAAUCGAUGAAAAUUCAAUAAUUCUGAUUUUCGAGACUAGAUUAAAGAUUAUCAUCGAUUAUGUACAAUUUUUUAUUAAUCAGUUAAAAGAAAUUUUUAGAAGUAAUCAAUAUCAAAUCGAUUAUAAUCCUUAAAAGCAAAAAUCGUGAAAAAUCAACUAAUAAUAAUCAUAGUUCAAUAAAAUCGAUUUUAAUCAAUUCCCUAGACUGAAAGGAUAGAGUCUAGAAACUGAAACUUACAUGUGUUUGCCUGUAAAACUUGGUACAGAUGACAUAUUUGUUGUGAAUUGAUUCUUACACUAGGUCAAGGUAUGUUUUCAUCGAAAUUUUCAUGUUUAUUUUUUUCUUUUAUUCAUUUCAGAUGAAACACAAAGUCAAUAUUUUAAUCCAAUAACAACAUGGAAACAAAUUAGUUUAUGGUCAAAAAUUCUCGGUAUCAAAUCAGAUAAAACGAUUGAUAGUUAUAAUUUCUGGCAUCUUGAACAGCAAAAUAUCAUUGAUGAUAAUCAAACAAUAUCUUCUACACUUGGUCAAGCUGAAUCAAUUAAUGUUGAUAUACUUAAUGGAGAUGAUGUUGUAGAUAUAAUUCUUUCCUAUGAUAACAAUAUUCAAAUGAUUCAUAUUCUUAAAUCAUGUUCUGUUCAGAAUCUUCUAAACAAUCCAAAAUAUCUUAAUCAAUUAAAUCUAAAAAUAUCUCCUCAAGAUUGUUGUCUAGUUUGUAUAUUGGACGAAUCAAAAAAGCAAACUCUUAAUAGUUUAGAUAUGGAAAAUCCUAUUAGCGAUUAUGUUUCGGACAGUAAAAAACUAAUUCAUUUUCAAAUCUGUAUUCUUAUACACAUCAUUCAAUAUGAUCAUCAAAAUGAAUUGUCAAUUUCUAUUUCUCAUCGAAAUAUAACAGUUAAACAAUUAUUAGAAAUGUCUAAAAUCAAAGAUGUUCAUACAUAUUUAGCAUCGUAUAAAACUGAAAUGAUUUUAUCCGAAAAUACAAAUUUAUUUAUGAUAAAUGAUAUGAAAUUUAUUCUCGUAAAACAACAUCAAACAUGUCUUAUAUCCAUUAACCCUUUGGAUCCGGGCGACGCACAUAUGCGUCCUGGGAUUUUACGCACUGAAUACCUUUAA